GAACUCUCGCGGCGCCCGAGGAAGGAAGGAGGGAGGAGCGAGCAGAGCUGUGGCCAUGGCCGAUUGGGGAGGUGGAACCCGGAUGCAGAUGGAGGAGGCCGAGGGGAACACCACCGUCUUCUCCAUCCUGAAGUCCUACAACCACUUCAUGGCCCUCUCCAUGGAGGAAUCGUCCGUCCAGGAUGCCCCAACGUCUCCCCCGAGCUCACUCCAGACACACUACCAGCAAAUGAUGAAGCUGGAAGAGCAGGCCGGGCAAAUCCAUUCGGGCACGCGGAUGUUGCAGAUGGAGCGGGAGAAAAUGCAGAUGGAAUUAAGUCACAAGAGGGCUCGGAUCGAACUCGAGAAGGCCGCCAACCUGAACGCCAACAAGUUUGAGCGGGAAGCGGAUCGCAACCAGGAUCUCCUGAAGCGCAUCAGGCAGUGUCAGGAGAGGGAGACCGAGGCGAAAAACGCCCUCCAGGAACAACUUGAGACCAACAAGGCCUGCCAGAAGGACAUGGAGGCCCUGAAUAAGAAGCUGCAGGAGAAAGAGGCCAAGCUCACCGAGGCGAAUGAAACCAUCAACGCCUUGAAGGGGAAAGUAUCAGAGGCCCAGUGGAACACAAUGAAUCAGGAGAUGGAGAUAAAGAAGCAGCAGUCCCAGAACCAGGAGUUGACUGAACAAUUCGAUGUGCUUCACAAAAAAUGGCAAGAGGCCACUCAGCAGAUCCAAGUCCUUCAGGCAAAGGAAGAUCUCAUGUCUAAGAAGGAGCAAAAGAUUCAGGAUCUUGAGCAAAAGAUCUCCAUGCAAGAACAAGAUGCGGUCAUUGUGAAGAACAUGAAGUCGGAGCUGGCUCAGUUUCCCCAAAUGGAACGGGAAUUGCAGCAACUCAGGGAGGAGAACGCCUACCUUAGGGAAAUGAGAGAAAACAACGGAUUACUGAAAGAGGAAGUCGAGGGUCUUCAAAGGAAGCUGGAGAGAUUUGAAAAGGUCCAGACAGAACGGGUGGCUUUGGAACUGGAAAAGGAGAAAGUUCAGGAGAAGCUGAGCCGGUGGGAAAAACUGGACCAGAGCAUGGGCUUAGAUAUCAGGAGUCCGGAUGACUUCUCCAGGCACAUCAUUGGCCUCCAGCAACGGGAGCUAAUCCUGACAGAGCAGAACGCUGCCAUCUCCACCAGCGCCCGGCUGUUGGAGAAUUCACGGAAACAACUGCAAGAAGAGUUGUUGAAGGUUCAAAGCCAGCUCCUGGAUGAGAAGAAAAAACGCGAGCAGCAAGAAACGAUGGUUAAAUAUCUCCAGAAACACAUGCAGCUUCUCAUCAAGGCUGUUUUCCAGCAUUCCAGCACCCCCGAAGACCGGAAAUCAGAAGAGCAGCUAGCAACAGCGCCCACGCCCACUGAGAGCGCCUUGUUGCCAUAA